UAAGGCUGGGCCGCUCACUAUCUUUCGGCAUCGAGAAGAUACUUGUGUGCAUAUUAUUCUUUCACCCCCUCUCUUAUAACUUCAUCUUGGACCCAAUCUCUUCACCAGAUCUUUUCUCCUUCAAACUUCACACACACUCUCACAUUAUCACCCCGAGAUAGUUUAAUUAUACUUCUCAAAGGUACAUAUUCAUCCAACAUGGACAUUCUACAACUAGCCAUACCAACAUCUCUUGAUGAAGCCCGAAUCAAGACCCUCCCUUCCAAAGCUUUUUACAUUCCUAAUUUUCUUACGGAGGAGGAAGAACAAAUAUUAUUGCAGAAAAUUGCCACAGCCCCAAAACCACGAUGGAAGCAUUUAACUCAUCGUCGUCUUCAGACAUGGCCCUCUGAUUUGACCAAGAAUACUCUAUUGGAUGCGCCUCUGCCCAAAUGGCUAACAGAUCCCGUUGUCUCUCGACUUCUCUCCUUACCUAUCUCGCACGAAACUGGAACACGUCAUAUUUUUAGUGAUAGUCCCCAUGAGCGUCCGAAUCAUGUCCUAAUCAAUGAAUAUCUGCCAAAGCAGGGAAUUAUGCCACAUAAAGAUGGAGCCGCCUAUCAUCCAGUCGUCUGCACUGUAAGCUUAGGCGCAAGCCUGUGCUUGGAUAUCUAUGGAGACAAAGACGAUGGAACAAGAGAAGAGCAGCCAAGGUGGAGAAUUUUCCAGGAGCCAAGGAGUUUGUUGAUCACAACAGAUGAAUUAUAUACAAAUUACUACCAUGGAAUAUCCGAGACGGAAGCAGAAAUUGACCUAAAUUCCACAACAGUCGCAAACUGGGAUCUCUUGCGGUCUAAAGAUGAAAUUAUUGAUGGUAGAUAUGAAAGACAGGAGCGAACUAGCCUUACGUAUCGGGACGUACUCAAGGUAUCGAAAUUAGGUUCAAAGUUAGGGAUAUUCGGCAAACGCUGAGAGACCUAAUCUUACAAUAUGGUAUCGAUUUCCGUUUCUGCUUCCAACUAU